AUGUGCUCUUCGGGUACCGUAUCGGUACAGGACAUAUAUCCACAAGAAGGGUCUAGAGAGAGAGCAGACGAAUUGACAAAUAAUGCAGCAGAGUAUGCUCGGUUAUGGAUAGGGCGGGGUAAAAGAGCAGCAGAUUUCAUCUUUAGGAAGCUUCUGCUUGGAACAUUUGGGGAGGAUCUUUAUCUCUAG